UAAAUAACAAAAUUCACCAUUUGAUAGACGCCGUUCGCGUGACAAUCAAGCUCGCGGGUUAUCAACUUCCUAUCGUGCAACAAUGGCCCAACAAACAGAAACCAAAUAUUAUACUUGGGAAGAAAUCAAAAACCACGACGGUGAAAUCCAAGCCAGUGUUUGGAUUGUCUACAAAAAUAAUGUUUACGACGUUACGGAGUACAUGGAAGACCAUCCGGGAGGUGCGGAAUUAGUCACCGAAUGGGCGGGCAAAGAUUGCACUAAAGCGUUUGACGAUUUCGGUCACUCGAGUGACGCCAAAAAGCAACUCAAGCCCCUCAAAAUAGGAGAACUGGCAGAAGAGGAUCGGAAAACGAAGGAUAACAAAAAGAAAGGCGAUAAAAAGAACGGUGUUGCGAAUACCAAGGAGGAGAAAACGAAUGGGGUUACCGUUAUUGUGUCCGAUGAAAAGCCGCAGAUGAGGAGCUGCUUUUCGAUAAUCACAUGCGGCUUGUGCGCUUAAACAGAAAAAGCCCGUCUCAUUUAUUUAUUUUUAUAUCUGUGAUAGGACGUAGGAGUUAAGAUAAUACCCGUUGAGGCCGGUUGUUAGUUUUGUUUGAACUGCCGCAUUUUAAUAUUUUGCAUAAAUAACCUACUAGUUGAGCUGUGUCUUCUUUUUAACCAUAUGCUGUGUGCUAUGACGGAAUUCAUUUCGUAGAUCUGGCAAUAAAAAUCAUCGCUUUAUUUACCAAUUUUAUUGUAAACUAAAUUUAUCAAAAUAGAGUAAAAAUAGUCAUCUGGGAUAGAUUACUUCAUUAGCUUUAUAAUUUUAAUACUCUGUAUUGUUUGGUCGUUAUUAUUGAAUAGACUUAUAUUAGGUCUAUUAUUAUUUAAUUAUUACCUGUUAUCAAUUACUUUAAAUAAACCCAAUUCAAUACACGUUUACAAAUUUUGGAGUUUUAUUUCAUACUUUGCUCUUAAAAUUUGGUGAAUUAUUUUUCAGCAACGUAUAAUUAUUUUGAAGAAAAAAAAACCU